CAGAGGGGGAGGGAUGAGUAUCUAAACUGCUGUAGGAGAGAACGCAGCUGGGACAGAGACUUAUGGGCUGCUGCUGCUGCUGAUGUUUAUUUUUUAUUUAUUUAUACAACAUCUUAUGUUCAUUUUCUGCCGUUAAUGUUUGUCCUAAGAAGACCUAAACAUAAAAUCAGUUUGGAUGGAAUAGUUAAAAGUUGGUUGAUCUCUCCAAGCUGCAGUGGUUGAAUGGAGACCUGAGAUACUCGUUUUUCUAUCUCUGCUUCAUUGGCCUGAACCUUCAUCAACUGAGCACCAUGAACAACUCAGACACCACCCCGCUCUGCUACGCUAACACCAGCACUCAGUUCGUGUACGCUCCAGAAAUGGGAAAAGUUUACUUCUCAGCCACCUUCACCACUUUGGGUCUCAUCUCUAAUCUCAUUGCUUUCAUUGUCCUCAUCACAUCCUGCCAACGAACAAAGAGCCGCUCACGCUCCUUCUUCCUAAUUUUCCUGGGCGGUCUUGUGGUCACAGACUUCAUGGGUCUUCUGGUCACAGGCUCAUUUGUGAUCUCCUUCUACAUCACACACGUCGACUGGCGCCAGAUUGACCCUGCCUGUCACUUCUGCAACUUUAUGGGAAUGUCAAUGGUCUUCUAUGGACUAUGCCCUUUGCUGCUUGGUGCCACCAUGGCAAUGGAGCGCUUUACUGGCAUCAACUGCCCAUUUGCACGUUCCUCCAACGUAACCAAGGGGCGGACCAUCUCUAUGGUACUGAUGGUAUGGUUCUUUGCUGGCUGCAUAUCUCUGCUGCCUCUGACAGGGUUUGGGAGCUACCACAUCCAGACACCAGGCUCCUGGUGCUACUUCAACAUCAGCUCAGAGAGACGUGACUGGGCCUUCUCCCUGCUUUUCUCCUGUGUUGGACUGAUCAGCAUUGCUGUGUCCAUUUUACUAAACACAGUGAGUGUGGUGACCCUGAUUAAAGUGUGCCGUGGACCGGACAGGAGCCAGAGACGUAGAGACCAUGAAGUGGAAAUGAUGGUUCAGCUUAUUCUCAUCAUGACCAUCGCUACUAUUUGUUGGUGCCCCUUGUUGGUCUUCAUUGCCCAGACUGCUUUGGCCGGAGGGCCUGUAGAGGUCAGAUACAUGCUGCUGUGGAUUCGCUUCGCCACCUGGAAUCAGAUCUUUGACCCAUGGGUGUAUAUCCUGUUUCGCAGGUCUGUUUUGAAGAGAGUGAAUCCUCGCUUGGACUGGUCCCAGAACUCCAUUAUGACUUUGUACCCAUCUUUUUAUGAGAACAUGCGCCGAUUUACUCGAUCUUCAACUAGGGUCAACUUGGGCUCAAAUAGCACAGACAAGGCUGGGAAAUCAAACGUGUCGUCUGGCUCUAAAGUCAGGUCGACACAGCCUCCUCUUCAUAAUAACCUGGAGCCUUAAUUACAGCAGACCAACAACAGCAUUAGAAAUGUUGCUGUUUCUGCUUUUUGUUUGAAUUGUGAGGAUAAAAUGCAUAGUUUCAUCUUUUAUUCAUUAUCUUAAUCACUUAUUCCUCACCAGGGUUGUGUGGAGCUGGCCUAACUCCAGCAGCCAUUGGCUGGCAGGGAACACCCUGGGACAGGUAGCCACUUUAUCAAAAGGCCACUUAGAAACAAUCACACCUAUAUUUACAGUCUCUGGCUAUUCUGACGUCCAUGCACACAUGCAUGUGGAGAAGAUGCCAACUCUGCACUGAAUGCGGUCCUGGUCUGUGUCUGCGUCUCCCUCAUGUGUCUCCUUGUGUGCUCCAUUCCCCCCUAAGAAUCCCCCUUAUGUGUAUCUUUGUGUUCCUCAUGUGUCCCCUGGUCUUCAGCCCUCCAGAUAUUCCCUCCCAGGUCCUGUGUUCCUUCAAUCUUCCCCAGUCACCCCUCUGCAGUUUUGUAUAGGUUCAGCUUCUCAUUUUAUUAGUCUCUUUAGAAUGUUUUCCACAGGUUUUUGUAGUUUCCCUUCCCCUUAGAAUAUUAGUUUAUUUUGCUGCUCAUCUUGUCUUUAGGUUUUUUACUCUUAGGUCAUGUUAGUUUCCUCCCUGAUUAGUUAACUCAUUCACUGCCAGCCGUUUCCUGAUCACUAACGGCCUUCGCUGCCAGCGUUUCUCACCAUGUUUACUGUUUUUUUAAGAGUCACAGAACGUUGCGCGCUAGCAUGAUGUCGAUGCCAAAACAACCAAAACAAAGAGGAGACUCACCUCUUACAUCAGGAAGAAGCCGCAUGUUUCGAGCGUUAUCCGUUCUUUCAUAUUCCGUUGUCGAAUUGUGAUCGGCAGACGCUUUUCCGGUUCGCGCCUCACUUUUUUUACAGGAACGGCCCAAAAUGAUCUCCAAACACAUGGAUGUGUUGCUUCCUGAUCAUGUGAUCUGUGACGUAUGCGGAUGAAGAUCGGCUUCAGGGUUGAGAUGUUUGUUCUCUCAGCGCGGGGGCUCGUUCCGAUGCUCAAACAGUAAAAAAAAUGCAAAUGACGACUUUAGUCGUCAUUGGCAGUGAACGGUUGGAUCUAAAAUGACAACUUAAGUCGUCAGUGGCAGUGAAUGAGCUUUCACCUGGUUAUCUCUCCACACACCUGCAGCCCAUCUGCCUCCCAUCAUGCCCCAGUGUAUAUAAACCCUGUCUUGUCUCAGUGUCUUGUCGCUCACUUUGUUGUUGUCAGCGUUUUUUUGGUAGCCUGGCAAGCCAGACUAAAUAAAUGUAUUAUUUAGUCUGGCCACGCUCCAUUGAUGGCUCUCGGUUGUGGGGCGGGUUCUACUGUUGUCUUUCAAAUGAUUUCCGCAUUCCACUGGACAAUGAAUGUGACAUACUCUUGUUUCACUCUGUUGCAUCAUCCCACCCAUCAGGCAUAUAGAGUGCCCUGAUUGGCCCACAAAGCGGAUAAAGCUCUGUGAUUUGUUCACUAAGCAGAUAGAGCACUAUGAUUGGCCCACCAUUAUGGACCAAUCACAGCUCUUUAUGUGUUUGAAACCCCUCUAGGGAGCUGUGAUUGGCUAGCCAGAGUUCUGGUAGGAGCUGCUGAGGUUCCAAUGGAGCAUGCCUAGACCAUUCUUUGCAAAGCAAGAAUUUGGUCUAGUUCACUAGGCUAUUGAUUUGGUGCUCUGUGUGAGCUUUGUAUCUCGUCCCCAGGUUUUGUGCUCUAUGUGAGCUUUUGUUCUCCUGAUUCAGGAUUUUUGUUUUUGGCUUCCUGCCCCUUUAGAUUUUUAGUUCAUCAUCCUAAAUAAAGGAUUUAUUUUUAAAACACUCCUGCCUCGUGUCAUCUGGGGUAAUCUGCAUCUUGGGUCCUAACCACCUCCUUGCUCUCAACGUGACAAAUGCCCUUAGCUGGGUUCUGAACCUGUGACCUUCCUGCAGUGAAGUAACAGUGCACCCAACUGUUCCACAAUUCGUAGUCGACUGAUUGCUAUUUGUAAUGACAUGUGCAUUAUUAUUUAAGCUAAAUAUGCAGAACAUGUAGCUGGUCUAAAACAGUAUGCAUGUGACCUUUUGCAGACUUUUGGAGUAAAACAUGAACAUUAAACUGACUGUCAUUAUACAUUUAUAAAAUAUAAAAUAUGCUGAAAAUUGUAUUAUAUCAUGUCUGUCUUAGUUAACAUUAGACUGUUACAAAGACUGUUGACAUAUUUAUGAUGAAUCAUGUUACCUGUUUCAUGGUGAAGAACACUUGUGUAAAUAUUAUAUGUGUGUUUUUUGAUGUACCAAGUUAGGUUUUAUUAAUAAGGUUUCCAUAUUAACAAUGACUCAUGCGAUUGGGCCAUCUUUAUUGAUGUUAGAUUAGUGUUGCUGUGUAGCAGCUGAGGCAGGUCGUGUUAUUAGCUUAGUGAUGUAUUCAUUGUAUUUGAAUAUAUUUAAAGUAUUUGAAUGUUAACUACCAGUACUGUUGAAAGUGGGAAAAAUUGGGAUUAAAACAUUUGAUAACUGGAA